AGCAUCGAUUUGUCGGUCAACUGUGGCGCGCGAAAUUUGCACUGGUCCGUAGUUUAUUCUUGGCGAAAAACAAAUGUUUGUGUUGCUGCUGUUGCAUUCAACAAAAAGUGGGCAGUCAAGCCUCAAUCAAGAUAUUGGGGUUUUAUCAGAAGAUGUCUGGGAAAAAGCCUCGUCGUGUCCCUUCGGAUCUAAAAUCAGUACAAGAUGAGAGACUGACAUGCCGUCAUAUUCAAACUUUGGUGCUACUGCAGCAGACAACGGAUGAAAAUGAAGAACUGAAAAGAAAAGUACAAAUUCUAGAAAAAGAAAUCAUGUCUUGUCAAGAGCUCCAUCAAUUAGCACGUGAUUCCAAAAAAAGGAUCCAGCAAAUGAAGGAGGAGUGUAGCACUGCUGUUGAAUCUAGCUUAAAUGAGAUGAAAAAUUCACAUGCCAGAGAGUAUGGAAAACUCCUUGAUGCAAAGAACCAACUAGCAGCUGCUAGCAGUGAAAAGCAAAAGGAGCUUGAAAUGAAGAUCAGCUAUCUUGAAAGUAAGAACAUGGAGCUAGAAUCUCAGCUAAGCAAUCAUUUGAUGGAGAAAAGAACAGUGGAGUCUCUUGAAGAAAAAUUGGAAGAAGCUUGCUCCAAGCUAAGUCUUGUCAAGGAUUCAAAAAUGCAAACAGAACGCGAACUUGCAUCAAAAAGAAAGUUAGAAGAUGGCUAUAACGAAGAGAAAGAUAAAUAUGAGAAGAAGAUCAGUGCUCUCGAAAUGAAAGCUGAGGAACUGAGUGUAAAGCUUGAAUUAGAGGUGUCUUCGAAAAAAAAGUUAUUGGAACAGAACAAUCUGCUACAACAGAUUGAAAAGCAAAAGUGCCAAAUAGAAGCUCUUUUGAAAGAAAAACAGCGAAUCGAACAAGACUUUGAGGAGAUAUCUUCACAAACCGAGGAGAACAAAAUGAAGAUGAUUUCUUUACAAUAUAGUAAUUCCAUGCUUGAACUAGAGAGAGAUGCUCUUAACCAGUCAUCUAUUGAUCUCAAAACAGAGGUGGAAUAUUUGAAAGAAAGGGAAGCAUCUCAUAAGACCUCGUGUGGAGAUUUCAAUGAGUAUGUUAGUAUAAAAAGGGAGUUAGCGAUUUUGAAAGAAGAAAAUUUGAAACUCAAAAGCUCAAGACCGAGAACUGAACUUAGGACAUUAAAAUCUAUCGAACCCAAAGUAAAAGGUCGACCCCUGAAAUCUGCUCCUGAUCCAAAGAAGACACUUCAAUCCCAAAUUAAAGGUUAAUUGGAAUUGUGAUUUAUAAGUUGACCUUGGCUUGUUUAGAUUCUUACAUAUUGAAAAAAUUUCAAACGUUUGUUCGAAAUGUUUGCGAUUUAUUUUCUUUAAAUCUGGUAGGAAAACGGUCAUCAUUAUUAGAAGCUACAGAUUUUGACACUUCUAAGAGCGUGAAAUGGCACGGGAAGGGCUAAAUUUAUAUCGGGUUUUUCAUCAAAAAUUUGUCUGGAAAUGAGUCAAGGCUGCCAAUACUUCAGCAGGUAUUUGGCCAAUAAAUACCUAGAGAUUGCCAAAGAGGAAGUUAAUUCCUUCUGCCAAUAAAGCAGCGGUGGUUUUAUUUUCGUUUUGACAAAUAAAAGUUGGGAGUCAACUUCUCCUUGGUUGGAAACAACAUAAAUGCUUAAAUAAAAGAACACCUUAUCUUUCCUUGUAACCUUAAGCUGUAUUAAGGAUGCCUGUAGGAAUGUCAAGCGGAAAGGGCCAACCGCACUCUUUUUUAAACUUGCAGUUUUUUCUUCGAGAGAGUUGACCAUUUUGCAACCUGAUAACUGUUAUCAUUAAUUAAUUUUACGAUGUGACAUUUACUGCAAUUACAUAACCUCUCUACAAUAAAUCUGGCAUGUUACCAUAAAACAUAACGUGUUCAAUUAUCUGAAAAUAAUUAAAAACUAGAACGGCAAGUGAAGCUUCACGUAAAAGAUGCACACAGAAGUGUAACGUUGGUGCAAUUAAUUUGGGGGUACUGAAAACAUAUUACCCCGAAAGAUUUAGGAUUCGGCACUAGCCUCCCCUUGGAAACCUAUUAAUCGGACAAUGAGGUUGGUUAAUUCAUCUUUGGCUAACUAUAGUCUAUUUGGUAUCGAAACUUGUGACUUGCACGAAAAGAGUGCUGUAUCGGAUGCAUUAAAUGAUAUAACAUAAAAACAAAGUGCAUACAUUGCUAAUGCUAAAUGAGACCAGCUCUAAGAAUAUUGUUCUUGGUCGAUGCAGUUGAUAGGUGACGUUAAAAUGCUAGUUAUUUCUAAUUAUUGCUAGUUUCUAAUCCAUAGUAAGUCGGUAGGGGCACCUCCCAUCCGUAAAAGAGACAUGCACUGUGUCUGGCAGAAAAGUGGCGGGGACGCAUGGGCGCUCAAUCUUUUCUACUAACAAAUGUCUAUUUAUAAAUCUAUACCUGCAUAUAAUUGCGUGUAUAAAAAGUAGGAUAUUACCUUUACGACUUUGCAAAUAUGUGUUAGGCUAUUUUAAUCGUGACCAAUGCUAGCUAAAAUGCUUCUAAAAGAAGAAGCACCCUGCUUUGAAUUUUUUGCCAAAACUUUCAGCUGCACUUUAUUUUUGCGAACAUUUUCAAAAGACACAGAUAAAAAUAUUAUAGAUAACAAAAUGACGGGGCAAACACAUGUAAAUAUAGCGACGGAAUUCUCUUCACUGAAUACUGGAUGAAAAGUGAAUACUGGUUGAGAAACGGCCCAAUUUCAUUGUAAAGGUUCCUUUGGGUACGCGUCCACGAACAUUGCUUGCGUCGUGCUCUCUUUCAUACCACCAUAAUUUUCAAAAUAAUAAUUAGAUUCAUUGCUUCUUUGCUGAGGCGAAUUAAACCUUCAUUGAUAAAAAUGCAUCAAUUUCGUCAUGAAAAAUCAGUGGAAUUUUUUCUGUUUGCGCAUCAAAUGGAUAUCUAUUUAGUGAUUGUUUGUGCAUGAAAAGAACUUCAAUUUAGUGAUUGACUUUUCUAGUUGAUCUAUCAUUUCACAGCUUCAUCUUUCCCGCCAACCUAUUUUCACUAGAAUCCUCUAAGAUGCAAAUUUUAUCAUCUCAUAAUGCCGGAAACAUAGCUGUUUAUGUGAAAUAUUUCUGGUAAAAGAAAAGGUUGCGAUACAUCUAUUAAACUGCCUCUCCUUGUGGUGUGAACAUUAAAGUGAAAAAUAUGGUCUUAUAGAAUUUUUUCUUGUAUUCCGCCUGUGUGUUAAUUUUGUUCUGGAUCCUAAAACAUGCGCUCUUGUGGAGCAAAGUUAAACUGUGGCAGAUAGCUAUGCUAAAACGACUCUGCUUAGGCCUGAUUACCGUAUUUGCUAUGCUCUGCUGUUUUGUGCUCUUUUAUAAUUUGGUGCUUUUAAAUACUUGGUAAUCAUAUUUACUUCUUUUAAGAAAUCAAGCGCCAAAAAGAAACUUAAACUGUCGCACAAAACUGGAAAACUACCUGGAAAACGCUAUAGAAGAUUAUUCUUUCGUUCAAAUCAAGGAUGCAUCAAGCAUAUUUCAUUGUUAAAAACAUUCGGUAACAUCAAAGUAGAUGACGUAAUUCACGAAUAAUGUGUUUUCCAGAGCAGGUUCACUUCUUAUCUGACCAAAAGGGAUUCCGCAGGGCUCGUGUUUGAGACUCUAGUUUUUCAUGAAACGAGAGAAUGAUUUGAAAAACUGUCUGGAAAGCAUGAUGCCAAGUCUAUAUGCCUAUGAUGUAUCUAUAACACCUUAAUCAGAGAACCUGUACAAACUCAAGACAAAUUUGGAACAUGUGCUUGAAAACACUUCGUUUGAUGAAGACCAGUCUUUUGCACCAACAAGUGAAUGCAUAGAUCAAGGUCACAGGAGACCGCUUAGUCGUACAGGUAAUGACAUUCUUAAUGUGGCACUCAAAAGCAAUGUUAUCAGAAAGGUCGUCAAGUUCAAGUUUCUGGAAAACAACGUCGAUGAAAUUUUAUUUGGAAAGAGCAGAACUAAACUAUCAAAAGAAAGCUGGAAAAAGGGCUUGAGAAAUCUAAAAAAUUAUCAAGUCUUGGCAAAACUAUAAAUUUCUCUUUGAAAGCUAUCUAGAUGCACUGUUUACAUUCAUCUCCCCAGCCACAAAAUGUACCUAGCUGCAAAGGUUGUAAACUAAGGAUGGAUAGACUAGCCUUGUUCAUUACAGUAUGUGAUUCAAUCAACAUGCAAAAAGACACUGUAAAACUAUUUGACGACCUAGUUACAUUUAAGAAAUAAGAAUUGUAUUUAAAUGUUGGCUUCAUGGCAUGUCACCAGGCAUGAAGCCAGCAUAGGGCCGGCAAUGCCGAGUUAAGAUCGGCUUGUCAACUGCGCAUAGUUUUCUCAGAGCUCGAUUUUCUAAUUUCUCGAAAUCCGUCGAGAAUCCUUUAGGGGGUGGGGUGGGGGGUGUAGCAGGACGAUUGAUCAUAUCAAUUUCGAAUUUCGUUCUUUCAAAAAAGCCCCUGCUACACAACAUGCUUUUCCAACAAUUUGAAAUAGAUUGAAAAUGCUAAAAAGGCAUUUCCAACGUUUUCCCAGUGUCUGAAGGGCGUGGUCGAAAAUUAUUUUUGUACCCCAGUAUCAUCAUCAUCCAUUAUUAUUAUAAUAUAAAUACAAUAAUAAAGCUAAAUAAAGCUCGCAAUGCCAGGCUAUUCCUGACAAAUAAGAGCUUUUACAACUUGUUAAAAGUUAUUAAAAGAAAUACAAUGGCUUACAAGCAACAGCAACAACAACAAAAAAUGCCACUGGAGCGACUCGAUAUUACACCGCGAGGACUGUUGCAUAGUCGUUAUUUGUUUUUACCAUGAAUGCAUAGACUUUGUUGACUGUUGUGACCAUAGAGAUAUGGUUGUGACCGCAUGUUUGUCGACAGUCAUGCGGGAAAACGUCUAAUGUUUUAGACAAAAACAUUUUUUCAACCUAAAGUUUUGGACGGGCAUAGAGGGGUAAGUUGGGCGGUUAAUAGCAGCUCCGAAAUGCCUUUUAGCCUCUCUAGUGACGUCAUACCUUGAAAGGAUCUCCUCGGCUGCUUCUCUUCUGGAUGGAUUUUUUAGAAUCAGCUAGAAAUUUCGGACAUUCAAAAGUAGGCAAAUUUGCUUCCUUCCACCAACAACUUUCACCGCCAGUUUAGAUAUAGCAGACCAAACUUGCUUUACCGUGGGUUAGCAUAGAAGCAUAUUGUACGUGAAUCACUGUAAAAGCUGAGGGUCUCCCAGAGGAGAGGGUACUUAUUCCCGUGUUACCUUUGAAAACAAACCAAUGUUCCUGUGUUCCCAUUGAAAAAAUAAAAAGUGUUCUCUUAUUCCCUUCCUAACUAGUAACAAUGUUAACAUGUUCCCAGUGGAAAAUUUGAGUUGUUGCUGUGUUCCUCUACCAUUUGUGGCCAUGUUCCCUUGAUCCCGAAAACCCCUGGGAGACUUUUAAAGCUCCGUUUCAACGAUCCCAACAUUUGACUAGAAAUGACUCAAUAUUUGUAGAGCGUUGUUCAGUGAUGUUCAGUUAGAACAUCCAAGAUGAUUUGGAAGUGAAACAUGACCAAAUUAUUACCCUUUGGUAGAGUAAUGUAUUACGUCAUUAGAAAACGUAUUGUUGAUACGCAGGGUCGGAUUAAAAGGG